GUCACAUGGACGUAUGAUUGCAUAUGCAGGGUCAAUCAAGUGUGACCUCCCCCUUGAUAAAAGCAAAUACUGUUAUCUAACGUUUAUUGACUUGCUCAAUGAACUACUUCGAUCGCCACAGACACUCCAAAUGGUUCCUUAAAUGAAGGUUUCACGAUACAGCAAACUCAUUUUACUUUAGUAUUUAUGUACAUUGGAAUUUUGUAACCCGCUUGAAAAAUAAAUUGGAGAGGUAAAACAGGAGGUAAAAUGGAAUCUUUGGGAUUUAGUCCUGCAACCUUGGUACUCUUCACGGUAUUUGUAAGCAUUGUAAGCUAUCGAUGUCUAGUCUGCCUGGUCGCAGUAUGGCGUGAAGUCCAGAGAAUCAUGCACAUUCGACGCACUCUUCCAGGUCCCAAACCUCACUGGUUGUUCGGCAAUGUCCUACAAGAACCGGGACCACUGACCCCUGGGUUUGAGUGGUAUCGUAACAUGGCUAAGACCUAUCCAAAACUCCACGUCUUCUGGGCUGCUUGGAAACCGGUUGUUACCCUAAAUCAUCCAGACUCCGUGAGAAAUGUCCUUAAUGGCAGCGUAGGAUCUGUGAAAAGUUCACUUUAUGGUCUGUUUGAAGAAUGGCUAGGUCAAAACAUGGUUACCACAGAUGGAAAGGUGUGGAAGAGACACCGAAAACUAAUUACAAACACUUUCCAUUUCAACGCUCUUAAGAACUACAUCCCCAAGAUAAACCAGGUAGCAGAGACCUUGGUUUCUGUAAUCACGCAGAGAUGUGAAGUAGGAAAGCCCCUAGAACUCUACAAAUCAAUGGGUUCAUUUUCCAGUGACGCCAUCCUCCAGUGUGCAUUUUCCUACAAGUCUGAUUGUCAAAAGGUGGAGUCACAAUUCGUACAGCAUGCUCACAAUUUGAUGGAUAUCGUCACGAAGAGAUCCUUUAGCCCGUUCUUACCGUUUAAAUUCAUCUUCCGGAGAUCUUCCCUCUACAAACCAUGGAGAAGGGGGAUUGAUGUUCUUCAUACACUUAUAGAGAAUAUCAUUUCAGAACGAAGAGAGGAGCACAAAACAAAGGGAUCUAACUUGGAAUACUUCAAAGGGAUGGACUUUCUUGACACUAUCAUGCUAGCCAAAGACUCCGAUGGCGGACUAACAGAUGAAGAGAUAAGGGACGAGGCAAAUACCUUCUUGGUUGGAGGAAUCGAUACGACGUCUAGCGCCCUCACCUGGUUGAUAUACUUGUUGGCUACUCAUCCAGAAUACCAGACCAAGGUACAGGAAGAAGUUGAUGAACUCUUUAAGGAUCGUGAGAAUCGAGAGAUUUACAGCGAAGACCUCCAUGAUACUCCGUUUCUGAUGAAAUGCAUCAAAGAAAGUCAGCGUAUGUACUCGUUUGUAUCGCCAGGCCGCCUCCUAACCGAGCCAUUGGUUGUUGAUGGUCUAACUAUUCCGGCUGGGACCGAGAUUACCAUCUUCGUCUACCAACUCCAUCACAAUCCUGAUGUAUGGGGAGGUGAUCACAUGACAUUCAAACCAAGCCGCUUUGAUCGCAAGAACGUCGAGAGUCGAGAUUCAUUCACUUUCAUUCCCUUCUCCGCUGGUGCGCGUAACUGCAUCGGCCAACAGUUCGCGCUUCAGGAGAUGCAAAUAGCAGCGAUUCGAAUGUUUGACAAGUUUAGCUUUACGUUGCUCCAAGAUUCCCUUCCAGUCUUUAAAGUAAUUAGCGCGCCACAAGAUGAAAUACUACUUGGUAUUCAUCCACGGAAUGAAAAAUAACACUAUUCUAUAAAUAAAUUUCAUCGCCCAUUUACAUAUAUCAAUAAGUGAGCGAAAGAUUUGUUAGACAAGCUUUGAGGACGAUAAGUUGUAAGAACAACCGAAAAUGCACAUCCUAGCCUAUUCUAACAACGAUCCAUUGUGAGGUUCUUUGCGUACGAGGUGGGCCUAUAGUCCACGCAUAGGUCCACGCAAGCGCAGACUGAGCAACCCAGUUAAAUCGCAUUAUUCUCCGAGCUUCUGUCUCCAAGGGUUGCUGGCAAAUCGCAAUAAUUGACGACUCCAUAUAAUUGCCCAUGGUUUAUGUAAUUCACUUCUGUGUAUAUUCAUUUAUUUUCAUAAAGUUAGGAUGGUAGAACGUUUUAAGUUAAAAUAUAAAUAAUAGGAGGUUUAACCUUCAGUAGGUUGGUGAUUUUGAUUAUUUGCAAAAGUUAAAUCUAUCUUUUUUCUAAUAAAAAAAAUCCAGUAAGAAUUUGUCAGAAAUGAACUACGCAUUGUUCUAGCAGAAAGGCUGUAUAUAUGGACAGACUACAUCCUAUAAGUUUAUAUGACGUUUGAAGGUUUGUACGGAGGAGGUAUUAACAAGCACAGAAAUGGUGUACGGUAUACCAUGAUGUGCAAAGUCCUGGACAGGGCUAAGAGAAAGUGGAUAUCGGUAGAAGUGAGGUAAGAGCAGAGAGGCAAGAAAGUGGAGUUUGGAGAGUCGAGAAUCUUUCCUCUCGUCUUGCCUACUAAUCAAACUCUUCUAAUCUUUCUGGUACUCAGUCCUUUUAAGGACUACUCUCAUUUCCGAAGAUACUCCAACCAAUCGGUCAAUCUAACAGUUAAAUACUUUUGCCGCUUGUUGGUUUUCAAAAUCU